GUGGUCUAUGAAGGGUUAACCAAAAUGUGUUGAUUUUCAAACACACCCAAGUUUCCUUUUUGAGGUUGUUCACCCCAAGGAUCUGUACAUCAGUGCAUGUUAUUCUCUGGACAGUCCCACCCCACAGAGACCAGAGGAUGGAGAUGACAGAGAACAUUCUAGAAGAGGCCCAGACUUACAGAGUAAACGGAUCUCCCAGUGACGAAGAUAAAUCAAGAGAUACCAACUAUGACUUUAGCAAAGACAUCAAAGAAGCUCAAAGUUUCAAAAUCUUUGGUUUCUACAAGAUGGCUGUGGUGUUUCUUGGGCUGCUGUGUGUCCUCCUUUCGGCUGUUAUCGUUGGACUAUACAUCCAAACUGAGGGGACAAGACAGUUUCAGCUCCGGUACAACAAUCAAACAGAAGAGAAAGACCAGCAACAGAUGCAGUACAACAAUCAAACAGAAGAGAAAGACCAGCUACAGAUGCAGUACAACAAACUGAAUGAAGAGAAAGGCCAGCUACAGAUGCAGUACAACAAACUGAAUGAAGAGAAAGGCCAGCUACAGAUGCAGUACAACAAACUGAAUGAAGAGAAAUCCCAGCUGACGGCCAAAUUCACGACUGAGAGAGAUGAAAUACAGAGGCGUCUUUGCAAACUGGAAUCGCAUGACAUGAAGACAAUUAAACAACAUGCAGUUGAUGUGACUCUAGAUCCUGACACAGCAUCUCCUUAUCUCACUCUCUCUGCUGAUGGGAAACAAGCAACAUUAGGACCGAGGAGAGAGGGUGUCCUUAAGACCUCUAAGAGGUUUUGGACUAAUUACUGUGUUCAGGGAAAAGAGGGUUUCUCCUCUGGUAAAUUCUACUAUGAAGUCGAGGUAGAGAUUACCUGGUAUGUGGGAGUGGUCAGGGAGUCCAUUAACAGGACUCACCACAUAACACUGUCUCCUGGGAGUGGACACUGGACACAAUGGGAGAAAAUGUCCACGCCCAAAAGGGUGGGGAUUUUUGUGGAUUAUGAUGCAGAACCGUAUCACCACCUGAUUAGCCCCAUGAUCUCAUCCCAGUCACCAUAG